CCGGCCGAGACGGGAGGUGGAAGGAGGGAGGGAGGCCGGGCGAGAGACAAUAACAGCUAAUGAGUGACAGGUGAGCUCUUCCUUUAGACGCGGACGCCGAGCAGAGACGAGCUGACAUGGAUAAGUACAGGCCGAGGAUCAUUUCCCUGACGAAGAAGCCCAGUCAGACGUUCGGCUUCUACCUGAGGGUGGAGCACCGCGAGGAGGGCCACCUGAUCCGCUGCCUGGAGAUGGGAGGACCGGCCGAACUGUCCGGGAUGAAGGACGGCGACCGCAUCGUCCGCGUCAACGGAACAUUCGUUGAUGGAUUGCCCCAUUCGGAGGUGGUGGACAUGGUGAGGAACGGCGGCUCAUCGGUCACGUUCCACAUCCUGGACGAAUCGUCUUACAAGCAGGCGAAGGAACAAGGAGUGAACCUGUCCGACCCCCAGAGGAAACCAGUGGCAAACGGAGCUGCGAGAGAGGCUCCCAAGCCCAAACUCUGCUACCUGGACAGGUCCAGCACAGGCUUUGGCUUUUCUCUUCGCUCUGUCAGAGGUAAGCAGGGUCUGUUCAUGACGGAGGUGGUUCCAGGAAGCGUGGCGGACAAAGCAGGGGUCCGAGUCGAAGACCGUCUGCUGGAGGUCAACGGGGCGAACGUGGAAAACUCCACGCACGAUCAAGUGGUGGACAAGAUCAGAGAGGCGGGAAACAGCGUCAUGUUUCUCCUGGUUGACGAGGAAACGGAGAAGUUCUAUCAGAAUAAACACGUGUCGAUUGGAGCGUGGCUGGCGACGGUCAAACAUCUGCCCCUCAAACCGCGGAUCAUCAACGUGACCAAAGGACCUGAGGGCUACGGCUUCCUGCUCAAAGAGGGACCCAACCAAGCAGGACACAUCAUAGAGGAUGUGGACCGAGGAAGCCCGGCAGAGAGGGCCGGUCUGCAGGACAUGGACAGAGUCGUGGCUGUGGACGGCGCUGAGGUGGAGACCUGCAGCCACCAGCAGGUGGUGGACAGAAUCAAGCAGGCUGGGAACAAGUGCUGCCUCCUGGUGGUGGACAAACCCACGGAGCUCAUGUACAAGCAGGGGGGGGUGUCUCCGAUGCUUUUCUGGACCGAGAAUGAAUCCAACCCACCACCCAGCUCGUUGUCCUCCAACUCAUCCGUUUCCACGCCACCGCCGACCUACUCGGAGGUCAUGAAUGUAUCUGCUUUUGUGAAAGCAUCCGGAUCUACGACAGAAAGAGGAGAGGACCUGAAACCCAAACUCUGUAAGAUGAAGAAGACCCCUGCCGGCUUCGGCUUCCACCUAAACGGCAUCCAGGGCGUCCACGGUCACUACAUCAAGGAGGUGGUGAAGGACGGCGCGGCCGACACGGCGGGACUGGUGGACGACGACAUCGUGGUGGAGGUGAACGGCGUCAACGUUGAAGAGAGGAGUCACGGGGAGGCGGUGGAGAUGAUCCGCGCCAGCGGCGACUCGCUGGAGAUGCUGGUGGCCAGCAAACAUGUCUACGAGCAGCUCAAAGCUCAAGGAGUGGCCACCACACGGCAGCUCCUCGGAGACGCACCCAGCAUCUGCGCCGUAGACUCCGGAGAAACCAGCUGCCAGGAGGAACCGAUGGAGAAACCGAAGGAGAAACCGAUGGAGAAACCGAUGGAGAAACCGAUGGAGAAACCGAUGGAGAAACCGAUGGAGAAACCGAAGGAGGAACCAAAGGAGGAACCGAAGGAGGACUCCAGGCCCGUAACCCCAACUACAUCAGAAAAACAGAGGAGCCCAUCUGUGUCUUCAUCUUCAUCUGUGGACAGCGUCGAUGAGAGAUUUUGACGAGCCUGAAUAACGACCCCGAUGUGCCCUGACCUGAUGAUGAUCUUUGUGUUUUUUUUUUGUUUUCCUCUCUAACGAGGCGCUCGUUGAGCUUCAUCGGGUUAGAAGUCACAAGAGAUGAGCUGGAGCACACAACAAAGAUAAUACAGACUUUCAGAAAUCACUCUCCAAAUCAGAUUCACGUGAGAACUGAUGUUUCAUGAGCAGAAGAUAGGAAAAUGCUUUCAAAUCUCAAGUGUUUAUGCCACGACUAUGUCUUUCCUAAUGGUACCAACAUUAAAGUCACUAUAAGGACAGUAAACAGUGA